AUGUUAACCGGUAGACGGAUAAGUUAUCUGCCCGCUGUCUUCCGCCCGGAAUCUGGUUCAUCUCUUAAUCCAGUGAUUGCUGCAGAGUCUGGCUGGAUCAAGCGUUGCCCUGUCCUCUUGGUUGCGAAACUGGCGGCUUGGAGUGCCUAUUGGCGUAAGCUCCUGCGCAACUUGACCUCUUCCGUUUUCCCUUGGGGAAAUUUUGUGGGAGCCAACAGUGGGUGCUGGUGGAAUCGCGGCUUGCAAGUUGCCUUGCACGGCGCCACGUUCGCUGGUUGGGCGUCACCGGGAAUACUGUUGCUGUCGGGCAGUCCGAGGUUGCUGGAGCCUUUCCGAACGGCGUGGACCCGACGAGUCCUGCGUCCCCCACCCGGCUACAUCAUCCUUGCCAUGGGUGAUGUGGAGGAGUGCUGUAUCCGUGGCGUGCCACAGGGCCAGUUUACUCCGUUGCCUGACGCUCUUUGCUGGGUCAUCCACGACCUGCUGCACUCAGAGUCGGGCACGGCGACUCUGGACCGCAUUCUGGCCUCGCUCGGCGACUACUUUCCGGAAACCGUCCGCCCGUCCAAGGACCUCAUCUACGUCACCCUCGGCAAGCUCAUCCGUGAGCGCAAGGUCAGUCACCACGAGCUCGUUGAGACGAGAAAGGAGUCCGCUUGUCCGGGCCGUGAUCCGUUGAACUCCCGACUCGGGAAUUUGUGUGAAGUCACUGUCGGCUGUUAUUUUCGGGCCGACCGCGGAGUAGUGCACGAGCAAUUAGGAUGCAGCAAUCUGUGUAUGCGUAGCACGUGGGUGGGGAAAAAUUCCGGCUCCGUCCGUCAGCUAUUUCCAUAUUUUCCGACGAAAAAGCGGAUUAACUACACUGUCAUGUCGGGUUUCGGAUUGCAGGUUUACCAGGUCCGAGGCGGAGGCUACGAGAUCGUGAACCCGGGCAACAGUCAGGAGAUGAUCCCACGCAUGCUGCAUCGCCAGCGCCCGCUUUUGUUCAGCAGCGAAGAGGCGCUGGAUCUGAUUCACACAAAGGGGUUCACGUAUAGCAGCCCGAGCCCUGCGAACCGCUUCCAGGACUUCAUAUGUCAGGUGUCGCUGGCGGACAUCAUGAAAGGCGAGCUCGAAGGCGACAUCAUUUGUAGAACGAGGUCCGGUAAGAAUUCCUCGGUGGACGGACUCAACACGCUGAUGCAGAACUCGUCCAUUUCGCGGCUCCAACGCCACUUUUCGUUGCGUUUGCACGCCGCGGCGGCUUCAACGCUUCGGCGUGCCCGACGGGGCGGCUCCCUGCGCUCCUCGUCGGCGAAGCGGCCGGAGGUCAAGGACGCGUGCGUGUACCAAAACCACAACCUGGAUCUGUCUUACCUGAAAAUGGAUAUUACUAUUGAGCCCUCGAAGAAACCGUCACUGCUUGAGCGGAUUUUCCACCCGCAACUUCGCCCACCGCUGGUCGAGUUCUCUGCACAGUUUCCGCCUCCGGAAUGGGAUGACCCUCGUCUCAGGAUUCUCCACUCAGUCGGAACUCAAACUGCUCACACCCACAGUGCCAGAGAAAGCCCAGAAAGUGCUUUGAGGGGACGCCGACCGACAGUACGGACUCGAAGAGACGAGCCAGGUUCCUUCGCGCGGUCUCGGUCACUUCCGUCGCGUAUUCCACCGAGUGUCGCCGCCGUCAUGGCGUCAAACCAAAUCCAAAGUCGCGGCGGCUUCGGCGGUCCUUGUCCACGACGCCAAAUGCCCCUGGACAGAACCGUGAGCGACUCGCGAUCGCCGUCUAUCACAUCGCAUCCUUACGCCCAACCCAAGCGCACUGGACCGCCGGUGGGAUUCCAGCGUCAGCCGAAAGCAGCGUCGUUUUCGCGGCCGAAUCCGAACAAAGUAUCUCCUGUUCCCGAGACGCAGCCGUUCUCUGCUUCCCAGACCAAAAACUUGAAGUGUCCAAGUCUCUUGAGGACGAUCCAAAGUCCGACCGUGGGAUCGUCGUCGUCUUGUUCUUCUUCUUCUCAAGCUACGUCUUUGCUGGGGAGCAAGUAUAAUCCGAUUAUUCGAGUGGUGAAAAUCGAAAGAACAGAGGAAACAACAAACACGACCCCUGGGACCGGGAACCAGCCGACGACGACUACGAAAUCUUUCCGGAAAACUUCGUUUCCAACGCAGACGACGAUCCAAGAAAACAUACCCUUAGAUGCCAAUCCGAAUUGCCGCUAUAAAAAGGUCACCAUUGAGAAGUUCGAAGAAACUACAAUUACAGAAGAAAGUGUGCUUCCACCGCCGGCCGUGAGAGGUUCGCCAUUAGCCACCAUUACGGAUCCAGAAGUUGCUGUAAAAGUAUUGACUCGGCGCGAAUCUUGCCCCGCUGGUGGGUCUCAACGGCGUUAUCAUUCGCCUUACUCGUACCACAGACAGUCAUCGUUUGCGGACGGAUUGAAGGCGACUCCUAAAGGACCCUGUUUCGAUAGGAUUCCGUCCUCCCUGCGACAGACAUCAACACCGCGGCUGCAAGCGGAUGCGACAGUUGUGAACGAACCCACGGAGCCAGUGCCCUCUGAGAAAUCGGCCAUCACGCCGGGAGUUUCGAACAGCAUUCCGUCCGGAAUGCUGAGGACUUCGUUUAUACCGGUCAGGCAACAACUCACGCCUUCGCCGGCACAGUCGACGGCGAAGGAAGACGUGCACAGCACUUUGCAGUCACCAGUUGCGGCUUCGGAAAACAACGUGGACCGAGUGAGGUCUGAUGAGGACCACACCGAAGUCCCGCAUGCGACAGCGGCCCGAACUUCGAGUGCGCCUCUUGGAAUUUGUCUGAGCUCAAAGCAGACAUCUUAUCCAGGAUCGAGGAAAGGACACGGGGCCAUUUACGCGAACCCGUUGGCGGAUGUUGCGAUGUUGCAGGAAGAAAACUGGGGACAGUUUUCGUCUAUUGUGAGUGUGGAGCCCGCGAGCGGCAGUGAGGGAUAUGGUAGUCGAUCGUCCACUCCAAGCAACGUGAAGAUUGCCGCCAAUCCGGUGAAACAACCUAAAAAAGAACCUCCUCUGGAAACAGGUCGACCUUCGCCUUCGGUCGGCCCGGAUUCCUUCAUCAUGUCGCCUUCUCCGACCGGUCAAACGGACGACUCGAAGCUGUGGAAACUGUUCGUUCAUCCGACGAACAAACCAGGCUGUUCAUCAGCGACAUCUAAUGACGCGUCGGAGCAAGCUGCUCCAAAAUCGCCGCUGCAGGCAACUUCUGCAGAGACAUCUAGAUGUCAGCAAAGUGAACCAGCUGUUUCGGACGGUGGCAGCACUGAGGCACAGCAGCAGUUCGAGUUCAACAUAAAAAUCAGCGGAUACAGUCAACUAGAUGCGUUAAAUUCUCACCAAGUGUGUAACACUGACGUCAUGCAGAAGCUUGAAAGUAUCCACAAUGAUUUGAAGAGGAGUCAGAACGGACCUAGUGCUUCCACUUCAGUAGCGACAAAUGACGCCGCUGUGCUUCCGCCGGAACCCAUUCCGGAAUCUCGUCCAUUAGCGAUCAACCGACCUAAAUUGGCGGAGGAAUUAAAACUGGUGCACAGGCAAGUGUAUUUCAGCGAUGGACAUUUAUUCUUCCCAUCUGAAAGGCGCGAAAGCCAGACGACGCUAGUGACGUUGCAUGAAGUUAUGUGUUACGCGAAAUCACUAGGGGAAGAGUUGAGCGGAUCAAUCUUGUCAGUGAACAUUCCGAAGCCUGGAAUUUCCGAUGCGCUGCCGCCUGAGCUGCCUGAGCAUCAUUACCUGAGUCUGAGUGAUCUGACGGUGACGUUCAAAUCAGUCGUCGGGCAGAAACUGCUGCAAGGCUGCAGCGCCAACAGCAUUGACACGCUGAUGGAGCUCGACCUGGCCGCGAGGAACAACUGCUUGCCGAAGAUGCGGAAUAGCCUGGUUCAGACGGAUUUGGGCUUGAUUUGAGCGCUUAAUAAUUGUUUUGAUGUCUUGUUUGCUUGCUGCUGUGUCUGUGUGUGCGCGUGUAUUCUAUUUUUCUCGAGCAAUUCGAGAGACGCUGCUGUUGAUUUGAUGAUUUGCCUGCUCUGUGAAGGUCAGAGGAAAUGUUGCCCUGUGGCUGUCCAUAUCGGGAAUAUGGAUUUGCAGGUAUAAAAGUCGCACGAAAGGAUUUUUUUAUAUGCUUCUUGACGAGGUCUGGUCCGUGGAAUAUUUUAUUUAGACACGGAAGCGACGUGGGAUCUAAGUCUUCCGUACUUGGUUUUGGUACGAAGGAAAUGCGUCUAUCGUCAGCUGUUUUCUGGUCCCAGUGACGAAUGCUCGUUUUCAUUCGUUUAAAUUAGAGAUAACACUAAGCGCAGAUUGACAUGUGAAAACGGUGCUUAUUUUCGAGGUGAAAUUUAUGUUAACGGCUUGAUUUGGAAUAAAAAAUUUUCAGCGAGUAGCAAA